GGCCUCGGACCUCGAGCUGGACGGCGUAGCCGUGGGGCAGAUCGUCCGGGCCGUCUCCAAGCUGCGGGCAGGCCAGCCGGCGUCCCCGCCGAAGGAGCCGUGGCCGGUGGUGGAGGCGGCGCAGCCGCAGGAGGGUGGCGACGUGCCGCGGCCUGAAGGUUUGGCCGCUGCCGCGGCCAGGCCGGCGCCAGCGGAGCAGGCGCCGGCGGCAACGGCGCAGGAGGCCGCGCAGGCGUCGAGCCGGGGUCCGGUCGGCCCAGACGACGUAGAGUUGGUCGUGGCCUCCUACUGCGAGGAUACCAAGUGGUUCACUGCGUAUCCAGGCCCCGUCACGGUGUACUCAAAGAAGCACGAGUGCACGGGGGCGCUGCGCGCGGCGGUGGCCGGCUCCCUCAGCUCCAGGGGCCGCGUGGUGGAGCUGCCGAACCUCGGCCGGGAGGGCCAGUCGUACGUUCGACACAUGCUGCUCAAUUGGGACAACCUGACGCUGUACACGGCCUUCGCUCAAGGCGCAGGCAGGCACAACAACAUCAAGUCCCUGGAUGCAACCCUGAGAUUCUUGAAGAGCCAGGAGGUACCUGGCGCACCGCAGCCUUUGAUCUCUACCGUUUUGCUGUGUGCGACGGAGCCCCGCUGCCGGGCCAGCUGGAUCGUGCCCAUGGUGGCCCGCAGUGCCGAUGGUUGGAAGCUGUACAGGGACAAGGACGAGCCCCCGCACGAGGUGGUGGCGGGGCCCGGAGCAGCACCAGGACCCGCUGGAGGGUAAGAAGUAAGAAGUUGCAAUGCCUGGCUCAAGACGUGGACGAUAUGCAGUGGCCUCCGGCCAGUGCCGCCGAUCCGGGGCGC